CGUAGAUAACAAUAUUGCGGUCGUUUCGAGGGUCGGGUUGGUUAAAUGGUGGAACUGUGAGGGACAUUGGAUGACUUUCAGCGCCUCGCUGCAAGAGGGUAGUUCAUUCAUUUUCCAAAUUAUCCUUUUCCUUGAACCAUGGAGGCACUUAUCCCGGUAAUAAACAAACUUCAGGACGUCUUCAACACGGUGGGCUCCGAUGUUAUCCAACUGCCGCAGAUUGCUGUUGUAGGAACACAGAGCAGUGGAAAGAGUUCCGUUUUGGAGAGCUUGGUGGGGAAGGACCUGCUUCCCAGAGGCACAGGGGUUGUGACUCGGAGACCCCUCAUCCUACAGCUGGUGAACCUGACCCCAGAGGAUCGACGCAAAGCUGCAGCUGAAGAAAACGACCCCAACGCAUGGAAAAAUGGACGCCUUUACAAAGGUGUUGAAUCAGAAGAAUGGGGGAAGUUUCUGCACACAAAAAACAAGAUUUACACAGAUUUUGAUGAAAUCAGACAAGAGAUAGAAAAUGAAACUGAAAGGAUUUCUGGAAACAACAAGGGAAUCAGUGCCGAGCCCAUUCACCUCAAGAUCUUCUCUCCUCACGUUGUGAACCUGACUCUGGUGGAUCUGCCAGGGAUUACAAAGGUUCCUGUUGGGGAUCAACCGAAGGACAUUGAAAUCCAGAUCCGAGAUCUGAUCCUGCGUUACAUCAGUAACCCCAACAGCAUCAUCCUGGCUGUGACAGCUGCUAAUACUGACAUGGCCACCUCGGAGGCGUUGAAGGUGGCCAGGGAGGUGGACCCUGAUGGAAGGAGGACCCUGGCAGUCAUCACCAAACUAGACCUCAUGGAUGCAGGCACUGAUGCCAUGGACGUGCUCAUGGGCAGAGUCAUUCCAGUGAAACUGGGGAUCAUAGGCGUUGUCAAUAGGAGUCAGUUGGAUAUCAAUAAUAAGAAAGUCGUGGCAGAAGCCAUCCGAGAUGAAUAUGCCUUUCUGCAAAAGAAGUAUCCUUCUCUAGCCAACAGGAAUGGAACCAAAUACCUGGCCAGGACUCUGAACAGGUUGUUAAUGCAUCACAUCCGCGACUGUUUGCCCGAGCUGAAGACCAGAAUCAACGUACUGGCUGCCCAGUACCAGUCUCUGCUCAACAGCUACGGGGAGCCGGUGGAGGACAAGAGUGCCACGCUGCUGCAGCUCAUCACCAAGUUCGCUUCCGAGUACUGUCACACCAUCGAGGGGACCGCCAAGUACAUAGAGACCUCCGAGCUGUGUGGUGGCGCUCGGAUUUGCUACAUAUUUCACGAGACUUUCGGUCGCACAUUAGAAUCGGUGGAUCCUCUAGGUGGACUCACUACCAUAGACGUCCUAACUGCCAUCAGAAACGCCACGGGGCCCCGUCCUGCUCUGUUUGUCCCUGAAAUCUCCUUUGAGCUGCUUGUGAAGCGGCAGGUGAAGAGGCUGGAGGAGCCGAGCCUGCGCUGUGUGGAGCUGGUGCACGAGGAGAUGCAGAGGAUCAUCCAGCACUGCAGCAACUACAGUACACAGGAGCUGCUGAGAUUUCCGAAGCUCCACGAUGCUAUAGUGGAAGUUGUCACAUCACUCCUGCGGAAGAGGUUACCAGUUACCAAUGAAAUGGUACAUAACUUGGUGGCUAUUGAACUGGCCUACAUCAACACCAAACACCCAGACUUUGCAGAUGCCUGUGGGCUUAUGAACAGCAACAUAGAGGAGCAAAGACGUAACAGAAUGAGGGAGCUGCCACCCUCUGUACCUCGUGAUAAGUCCUCCAAAGCUCCUGGCGGGCUCCCUCCUGCCCCCCUGGAGCCCUCCUCUACUGCUGUCGCUGAGGCCGAGGGCACCAAGGGAGGCCCGGGCGAUGGCACCCAGGACGCAGGCACUGGAGGCUGGAGAGGAAUGGUGAAAGCGUCCAAAUCCGAAGAUGGCCCUUACGAAGAGAAGACCAAGUACAUGACUUCACUCCCAGCCAGCCCUCAGAAGGGCCAUGCUGUAAACCUGCUGGAUGUGCCAGUGCCAGUGGCCAGGAAACUGUCGGCCAGGGAGCAGCGCGACUGCGAGGUCAUCGAGCGGCUCAUCAAGUCCUAUUUCUUGAUCGUCAGGAAGAAUAUUCAGGACAGCGUCCCAAAGGCUGUGAUGCACUUCCUGGUGAACAACGUGAAGGACAACCUGCAGAGCGAGCUGGUGGGGCAGCUGUACAAGUCCCUGUUGCUGGAUGACCUGCUAACAGAGUCUGAGGACAUGGCCCAGCGACGCAAUGAGGCCGCCGACAUGUUGAAGGCCCUGCAAAGAGCUAGUCAGGUUAUUGCUGAAAUCCGUGAGACGCACUUGUGGUGAGCGAGGGCUCCCUGCAUUGUCUGAUUCCCCGCUGUUAAAGUGACUUGAAUGCUCCAGACUUGAAAAUGCACUGUUGUCUAAUCGCGUACCUGGCUGAAUUUUAUCUAUGGACUCUCAGCUACAUGAAGGGGAUUCACAUAUCACCUGCGUAACAACCUUACUUUCAAUCAAGAACUUUUCAUAUUUCACUAUAUAUACAGAACAAAUACAAGGCUUAUUGUAGUGUGGCUUGCAAAUGAAUAAUGUGGUUUCCAUGUAAUGCAACAUUAAAAAAAAAAAAAAAAAGAAAGAAAAUA